UGUCCCGGAUGUGGGCUGCUGGUUUCCGUUCAUUUCCUGUGAUGCGUCUUUAAACCACAGACAGCUCGGUCACUGAUAUUCCUGGCUGCUUAACUGGAUACCGUUGAUGCGAAAAGACGACGGCGUUCAGAACCCCAUUAGAAAUAUUUACAUCUUUCCCGAUGAACAGAAAAUGUCACCUUGAUGCUCCUGAGCAGGAUACAUUUUAGUGUCCGUCAGUCUCCGUGAAGAUGGUGAAGAGGAAGAGCUUGGAUGACAGCGACCCGGAGAACUGCGGUGGGAUCCCGUUCCCCAUACAGACCUUCCUGUGGAGACAGACCAGCGCAUUUUUGCGACCAAAGUUAGGAAAGCAGUAUGAAGCAUCCUGCGUGUCUUUUGAGCGAGUGCUGGUGGAGAAUAAGCUCCAUGGCCUUUCUCCAGCUCUCACUGAGGCCAUCCAGAGCAUUAUGCGUUGGGAGCUUGUGCAGGCUGCACUGCCUCAUGUCCUCCACUGCACCUCCAUCCUCCUCUCCAACCGCAACAAGCUAGGGCACCAGGAUAAACUUGGUGUAGCUGAGACCAAGCUACUCCACACUCUUCACUGGAUGCUGCUGGAGGCAGCUCAGGAGUGCCACCAGGACCAGGGACAUGGAUGGUCUGGGGGUGGUAGCAGUGGCAGCAGCUGUGCCUUCUUCCAGCCUUUGAGCAACCAAAGCCAUCUGGAUCGCAAUGGCAGUACUCCAGAAGAGAACGAAUACGCUCGAGCAAAACUUUACCACAAGAACAUGGCCACUGUAGAGCUGUUUGUUUUUCUCUUUGCUCCUCUUGUCAACCGUAUUAAGGAGUCUGAUCUUACAUUUCGGUUGGCUAGUGGCCUUGUGAUUUGGCAGCCCAUGUGGGAGCAUCGCCAGCCUGAUGUCCCUGCCUUCUCUGCUCUCAUCAAGCCCAUGCGCAACAUUGUUACUGCAAAGAGGAACUCUGUGGUAAAUAACCAGUGCACUCUCUGUGCUCCCAGCAACCCUUGUCCCACAGUUGUGUGUGAAUCUGCUAAGUCUGGCUCCUCCUCUCCUUCGGUGAAGGGCCAGAGCUGUCGCCGUGGCAACUCGGUGGAGAGAGGAGGCACCUCACAGCAGCCAUGUGAUCGAGGCGUCACUCAAAAAAAGUUGUCAGCAACUGGAGGUGUCCCUGUAUGCCAGCGGGCACGCUAUGCCACCUACUUUGACGUGGCCGUUCUACGUUGCUUGCUUCAGCCUCAUUGGACAGAGGAGGGUGUACACUGGGCUCUUCUCUUCUACCUGCAGCGACUCAGGCAGAUUUUGCAAGAGAAGCCUGAAAGGCCACCCGAACCCCCCAUGGCACCCCUACCUCGACCACGGAGCAGCUCCAUGGUGGCUGCAACUCCAUCUCUGGUCAACACACAUAAAACACAGGACAUGACCCUAAAGUGUAAUGAGGAGGGGAGAUCCCUGAGCUCAGAGACCUUCUCCAAAAUAUCCAUUACCAACCUCAGAAGACAAGCCAUCCCAGACCUCUCUACAGACAUGAGCAUGAAUAUUUUUAAAAAGUUUAAGAACCGCAGGGAGGACAGGGAAAGAAAGGGCUCUAUUCCUUUCCACCAUACAGGAAAGAAGAGACAACGGCGUAUGGGGGUGCCUUUCCUCAUGCACGAGGACCACCUGGAUGUUUCACCUACACGGAGCACCUUCUCAUUUGGAAGCUUCUCUGGAUUGGGUGAUGACAGGCGGGCCCUGGAGCGAAGUGGCUGGCCCUCCACUAUCAUGGGGAAGUUGACUCGUCGUGGCAGCACAGACACAGCAGGGGAUGUGGACAGUCUUGGAGUAAAACACUCUCAUUCCCACCACAACCUGCCUGACCACUCCAACAGCCACAGUGAGAACACCAUCAAAGAGGGUGUCCGUUCCCAGAUCUCCACUAUCACUAUGGCCACUUUUAACACAACAGUGGCUUCUUUUAAUGUGGGCUACACUGAUUUCUUUACUGAACACAUUAAGAAGCUCUGCAAUCCAAACCCCAUCCCUGAGAUGCCCUGUGAGCCAUUGGCUUGCUCCAACCUGCCACGCAGCCUCACUGACUCCUGCAUCAACUACUCAUGUCUGGAAGAAAGAGAAAGCAUUGAGGGAACCAACAACUUUAUCCUGAAGAAUGGCAUGCUGGAUCUCUCUGCUGUGCUCAGGGCUGUGUAUGCUGUCCUCACUCAUGACAUUAGCUCACGGAUUUGCGACGUGGCCCUCAACAUUAUCGAAAGCCUGUUGCAGCUGGGUGUUGUGCCCAGCAUGUCUAAGAAGGGUGCCAAACAAGAGGACAAGGUGAAGGAGGCAGACCUUUCUAAGGAAGGAGCCAGUCAAAGUGUAGGCGGUGCUCAUGGAGGUGUGGCUGGCAGCACUGGGGCUGUUCCCAGUGGGGGGAGUGGAGAUGGUGAUGGAGGAGGAGAUGGGGGAGGAGGAGGUGGAGGAGGAGAGAGUGGAAGUGGAAGUAAAAAUGAUAUUAAAAACAACAAAGGCAAUAAGGAAGGGGAUUCCGCCCUUAGCACUCACAGAUUAGCUCUAACAAUGCUAAUUAAAAUUGUGAAGUCUCUUGGCUGUGCCUAUGGCUGUGGGGAAGGCCAUCGUGGGCUCUCUGGAGACCGUCUGCGCAUGCAGGCUCAGAACUGCCUGACCAGUCUGUACAAGCUAGAUAAAGUGCAGUUCCGGCAGACCAUGAAAGAGUAUGUCAACAAGGAUUCUCUCAACAACAUAGUGGACUUUCUGCAUGCUCUUCUUGGCUUCUGUAUGGAGCCCAUCACUGACAAAUACGGCAGUGCAGGUGAGAGGUCCAGGAGGGCGAAUAAGCGAAACUUCGACAAAGCUGGCUUUGGAAACAAUUUUGCUACAGGAGGGGAUAAAUCUCUUGCCCAGAGCAUGGAGGCUGUGGUUGUGGGCUGCAUGUUCAAAUCCCUCAUAACCAGAUGCGCAUCCACUACACAUGAGCUGCACAGUCCAGAAAACCUGGGUCUGUACUGUGACAUCCGACAGCUGGUUCAGUUUAUCAAAGAAUCACAUGGCAACGUAUUUCGUCGUGUGGCAUUAAGUGCCCUUUUGGACAGUGCAGAAAAACUCAAUGCCACAAAGAAAAUCGACGACAAAGAGGAGACCAAGCAAAAUGCACAUAAAAGUGAUGAGCAAAUCCCUGGAGCUCUGUUAGGAAGGAAGGACUUCUGGAGGAAGAUGUUCAAAUCUCAGAGUGCUGCCAGUGACACCAGCAGCCAAUCAGAACAGGACACAUCAGAGUGCACUACCGCCCACUCGGGCACCACCACGGACCGCCGCUCACGCUCACGCUCCCGACGUAUCUCACUGCGCAAGAAGCUUAAACUUCCCAUAGCAUGCCGUAGGACUGUACGCCUUCCAUUCACACUCUCCGUCCUACGCAACUGGCUGAAGCGUUCAUCUCUCUCUGGUCUGGCUGAUGGUGUGGAGGACCUCUUGGACAUCAGCUCAGUGGACAGACUUUCCUUCAUCAGACAGAGCUCCAAGGUGAAAUUCACCAGCGCAGUCAAGCUAUCAGAAGGAAGCGCCACAGAGUAUGGGAGGGAGGAGGAGGAGAACUUCUUCAAGAGGCUCGGUAAAUGGCGGUCUGGUCGGCGGAACCCAUCCAAGCUUCACCACACAGAGGAGAAAGAUGGAUGCCAUGGAUUCCCAGAGCGUUUGGCUUCGAACCCAGAGGUAAUGAAGAAUAAGAACAUAGUAAAUCUGGGUGCUAUCAGACAGGGCAUGAAGAGGUUUCAGUUCCUCCUGAACUGCUGUGAGCCAGGAACCAUCCCCGAUGCCUCUAUCCUGGCUGCUGCACUGGACCUGGAAGCUCCAGUGGUGGCAAGGGCUUCCUUGUUCCUGGAGUGCGCUCGUUUUGUACAUCGCUGUAACCGAGGCAACUGGCCAGAAUGGAUGAAAGGUCAUCAUGUUAACAUAACAAAGCGAGGGCUUUCACGAGGACGCUCACCUGUGGCUGGGAACAAGAGAAACAAUAAGCUGCAGUGGAACGCAGCUAAGCAUUUCUACCAGUGGGGUGAUGCGAUUGGCACUCGUUUGAGCGAGCUGUGUCACUCAGAUAGUGAGAGUCCAGCUAACAUCCUGGGCUUUAUUUAUGAUGAGGAGAGCAAAAGGAGAGCAAGGAAAGAGGAUGAAGAGGAAGACUUCCUGGAUGACAGUACUGUAAACCCCACCAAGUGCAGCUGUCCCUUUGCGCUUAAGAUGUCUGCUUGUCAGCUGCUUUUAGAGAUCACUACCUUCCUGAGAGAGACGUUUCCCUGCCUUCCACGCCCACGAACAGAGCCCCUAGUGGACUUGGAGAGUUGUCGGAUGCGUCUGGACCCAGAGCUGGGCCGCCAUCGCUACGAGAGGAAGAUCAGCUUUGCUGGAAUCUUAGACGAUGAGGAUGGCCAUGAUUCUCUGAACAGCAGCAGUCACACUCUGAAGUCUGACACAGCAUGUGAUGAAAAGAAAUCAUCUCAAGAACCCCUGGCUCCCACCCGGAAGAUCCGCAUCGGAGGUUCUCGGCUGCUACAGAUUAAAGGGGCGAGGAGCUUCAAGGUGAAGAAAGGUGGUUCUCUGUCCUCCAUCCGCAGAGCUGGCAGUCUGAAGAGUACAAAGAUGUCUCGCCAGGACUCUGAGUCCGAGAACGAUGCAGAUUCUGAUCGUCUGCUGUCUCAGAGCAGAGACACAGUGACUGAUAUUGGGAGCCCCUGGAGUGCUAGUGAGCCCAGUAUUGAGCCCGAGGGUCCUGGAAGCAACAGUGGAGUGGACGACUACCACCGCAACAUGUCAUGGCUACAUAUAAUGAUCCUACUGUGCAACCAGCAGAGUUUUAUCUGCACCCAUGUGGACUAUUGUCACCCUCGCUGCUACCAACGUCACAGUCGCUCCUGUGCUCGCCUCGUCCGUGCCAUCAAGCUGCUUUAUGGAGAGACUGUUGAUAGUCUGAGAGAAAACAGCUCCAGCUGUAGCAUAGGCUCCCGUGCCAAAAAGAGCAAAGAGUGCUCGGACAAGUCAUGUCUGCGGACACCAUCUAUGAAGAGACGUCCUACUGAGAGCAAUGCAGAGGGGAAGAAAGACACAGGGAUGCUGAAGUACAUUCGCACACAGGUAAUGAGUCUGUCACCAGCACCUCUUUCUCUGCUUAUAAAAGCAGCUCCCAUCCUGACUGAAGAUAUGUAUGGAGACAUUCAGCCAGCUGCAUGGGAGCUGCUGCUCAGUGUCGAUGAGCACAUAGCUGCUGCUGCAGCGGCAAUGUUUCUGCUGUGUGCAGUAAAGGUUCCUGAUGCUGUCACUGAAAUGAUGAUGGCUGAGUUUCAGCAUCAGGAAGCAAGUCAGAGGAUCAACUCUGUGCUCAAGUUUUACACUGUCUGGAGGUUUCGCUACCAGGUGUGGCCUCGCAUGGAGGAGGGAGCGCAACAAAUCUUUAAGAUUCCUCCACCAAGCAUUAAUUUCACUCUGCCAUCUCCUAUACUGGGGAUGCCCUGUGUGCCCAUGUUUGAUCCGCCAUGGGUGCCAAUGAAUACAGGAAGUGUUCCAGAUGCAAUCAGUGAAGAUCAGUCAAAAUCGUUCUCAGCUCGGGCCGUGUCACGCUCUCACCAACGUGCCGAGCACAUCCUAAAGAACAUGCAGCAGGAGGAUGAAAAGAGGAGACUGGGGCGUGAGGCUAGCAUCAUCACAGCAAUCCCCAUCGCUCAGGAGGCCUGCUACGAGCCCACAUGCAGUCCUCCACCUGAACAGGAGGAAGAGGAAGAUGUGGUAAAUCUGGCUUCUCGUCGUCUAUCUGUGAGCCCCUCCUGUGCCUCCAGCAACUCACACAGGAACUACUCCUUCCGCCGAGGCUCAAUGUGGUCCGUGCGCUCAGCAAUCAGUGCUGAAGAUGACGAAAACACUACAGAACACACACCUACACACCACAUGCUGCAGCCGCCUCAGGCUGUGUUCCCAGCAUGCAUCUGUGCUGCCGUUUUGCCCAUAGUGCACCUAAUGGAGGACGGAGACAUUCGAGAGGAUGGUGUUGCAGUCAGUGCCGUGGCUCAGCAGGUGCUGUGGAACUGUCUGAUUGAAGACCCAGCUCUUGUUCUCCGACACUUUCUAGAGAAACUAACAGUCAGUAACAGACAGGAUGAGCUGAUGUAUAUGUUAAGGAAGCUGCUCCUUAACAUUGGGGAUCUUCCUGCACAAACCUCACACAUCCUCUUCAACUACCUGGUGGGUUUAAUCAUGUAUUUUGUCCGGACACCAUGCGAGUGGGGAAUGGAUGCUAUCUCAGCGACACUGACCUUUCUGUGGGAGGUGGUAGGCUAUGUGGAGGGCCUCUUCUUUAAAGACCUGAAACAGACCAUGAAGAAGGAGCAGUGUGAGGUGAAACUGCUGGUCACUGCCUCUAUGCCAGGAACAAAGACUCUGGUGGUUCAUGGACAGAAUGAGUGUGAUAUUCCUACACAGUUACCAGUACACGAGGAUACACAGUUCGAAGCCUUGCUCAAGGAGUGUCUUGAGUUCUUCAAUAUACCAGAGGCUCGUUCAGCAAAUUACUUCCUUAUGGACAAGCGCUGGAAUCUCAUCCACUAUGCCAAGACAUAUGUGAGAGACAUCUACCCUUUUAGGAGGUCAGUGUCCCCUCAGCUCAACCUGGUCUUCAUGGAACCAGAAAAAGGACAGGAGCUCAUUCAGAAACAGGUAUUCUCCAGGAAGCUGGAGGAAGUGGGCCGGGUUCUCUUCCUGAUUUCGCUCACCCAGCGCAUGCCUGCGAUGCACAAACAGUCCCACGUCUCCUUGCUUCAGGAAGACCUUCUGCGUCUGCCCUCCUUUCCACGCACAGCCAUAGAUGCAGAGUUCACUCUCUUCAGUGAGCCUCUGGGCAAAGAACUCUUUGGCAUGGACACUUUGCACAAGGUUUUGUGGAUCAAGCUGUUGGAGGAGAUGUUUCUGGGUAUGCCUAGCGAGUACCCGUGGGGUGAUGAGAUCAUGCUCUUUCUGAAUGUGUUCAAUGGAGCCCUGCUGCUCCACCCUGAAGACAGUGCCAUCCUCAGGCAGUACACCGCCACAGCCAUCAACACUGCUGUGCACUUCAACCAUCUGUUCUCCCUCAGUGGUUACCAGUGGAUUCUUCCCACAAUGCUUCAGACAUACGCCGAUUAUGAAAGUAACCCAUUGCUACGUCGAGGCAUUGAAUUCUGCUGCCGUCAGUUUUACAUUCUCCACCGCAAACCAUUCAUCCUGCAGCUGUUUGCCAGCGUGGCCCCACUGCUGGAGUUCACUACCUGCACCAGUACUGGACUGUCUAAAGGUGUAUCAGCACAGUGCCUGUUUGACUUGCUGGUGUCCCUGGAAGGAGAAACAGCCGACAAUUUGGAUGCUUUGGAGCUGGUCAAAGCAGAGAAACCACUACGUUCUCUAGAUUUUUGCUAUGGCAACGAGGACCUAGCCUUCUCCAUCAGUGAAUCCAUCAAGUUGUGUGUAACUGUGGUGGCCUAUGCUCCCGAAUCCUUCCGAAGUCUACAGAUGCUGAUGGUUCUAGAGGCACUGGUUCCUUGUUAUUUGCAGAAGCUGAAGAGUAACAGUCAGGCCCUGGAGUCAGUGUCUGUAGCCAGAGAUGAGAUCGCAGCCAUAGCUGCUCUGGCCACCUCUCUGCAGGCUUUGCUCUAUAGUGUCGAGUCCCUGACACGACCUAUGACUGCACCUCAGAUGAGUCGCUGUGAUCAGGGCCAUAAAGGAGGAACUGCUGCCAACCACACAAUGUCUGGAGGACCAAAUGCCAGAGAUAACCUGCACCUGUUGGAGGAGGGUCAGGGCAUGCACCGCGAGGAGCUGGACGAGCGCAUCGCCCGGGAAGAGUUCCGCCGGCCUCGAGAGUCCCUGCUCAACAUCUGCACGGAGUUUUACAAACACUGUGGGCCACGAUUAAAGAUCCUGCAGAAUGUGGCUGGAGAACCCAGAGUCACAGCCCUGGAGCUUCUGGAUAUAAAGUCUCAUAUGAGGCUGGCAGAGAUUGCACAUUCACUUCUAAAGCUGGCACCAUAUGACACUCUGACCAUGGAGAGCCGCGGCCUGCGCCGCUACAUCACUGAAAUGCUGCCCAUCACAGACUGGUCAUCAGAAGCAGUGCGGCCGGCUCUCAUCCUCAUCCUCAAGCGUCUGGACCGCAUGUUCAACAAGAUCCACAAGAUGCCCACGCUCAGGUGCGCCCGCCCACAAGCUCUGUACUCCAGACGACAGGUGGAAUGGGAAGCAGCCAGCAGUCUGAUCGAAGGGAUUUGCCUGACUCUUCAUCGGCAGCCGAUAAUUUCCUUCCUCCCCCAUCUGCGCUCUCUCAUCAAUGUCUGCGUGAACUUGGUGAUGGGUGUGGUCGGACCCUCCAGCGUAGCAGAUGGUCUGCCAUUGCUGCACUUAAGUCCUUACCUCUCCCCUCCUCUCCCAUUCAGCACGGCUGUGGUUCGCUUGGUGGCCAUGCAGAUCCAAGCUUUGAAGGAUGACUUCCCGCUAAGUCAGGUGAUCUCACCCUUUACCAAUCAGGAGAGACGAGAGGGCAUGCUACUUAAUCUACUGAUUCCCUUUGUUCUGACUGUUGGCUCAGGAAGCAAAGACAGUCCUCAGAUUGAGCAGGCGGAGGUCUUCCUGCUCCUGCAGACGGUCAUCAACAUCCUGCUGCCUCCACGCAUCAUCAGCACAUCUCGAAGUAAAAAUUUCGUUUUGGACGCAUCCCCGGCACACUGCUCCACCCCUGGAGACACGGGCAAGGACCUGCGCCGAGAGGGACUGGCGGAAUCUACCAGCCAAGCCGCUUAUCUAGCUCUAAAGGUGGUGCUGGUGUGCUUUGAGAGGCAGCUGGGUAAUCAGUGGUACAGACUGAGUCUGCAGGUGAAGGAGAUGGCUCUGCGCAAAGUGGGUGGUCUUGCUUUCUGGGAUUUCAUCGACUUCAUUGUGCGCACUCGCAUCCCCAUUUUCGUGCUCCUGCGCCCCUUCAUACAGUGCAAGUUGCUAACCCAGCCGGCAGAGUCUCAGGAGGAGAUUACAGCCCGGCAUCACAUAGCCGACCAGCUGGAAAGACGCUUCAUCCCACGCUCGCUCUGCAAAAGCUCACUGUUUGCUGAGUUCAACAACGAGCUCAAGAUCCUGAAGGAGGCCGUUCACAGUGGCUCGGCAUACCAAGGAAAGACAUCCAUCAGUACAGUGGGCACCUCCACAUCAGCAUACCGCUUGAGCUUGGCCACCAUGUCUCGUUCGAACACAGGCACAGGGACAGUGUGGGAACAAGACAGCCAGCCGUCUCGCCAGCCUUCCCAGGACACACUUAGCCGCACUGAUGAGGAGGAGGAGGAAAAUGAUUCCAUAAGCAUCCCCAGUGUGGUAAGUGAGCAUGAAGCUUUUCUACCCAGCUUAAUUACACAGCGCCGUUUCUCCAGCCAUGCCACAGGCUCCGCAUCCACGCAUCCAGAGCCGGGUCUAAGCACCAUGCUGCCUAGUCACAGUGAACCCAAUGUGCUAGAUGAGUCCCAGGGGCUGCUGGAGGAGGGUAUCCUGUCACGGGUCGCGAGUGUCCAGAGCGAGCCAGGCCAUCACAAUCUCUUACUUCAGCCACCGCUCGGUCGAAAAAGAGGUCUGAGACAGCUUCGUCGGCCACUACUGUCCAUCCCUCGGAUGCAGGAUGAAUGUCGUGGACGACAAGGAGCCCGACUCUCAACCACUCGCAGGAGCAUUCAGCCCAAGAACAAAGCAGUUGACAGAGCACACACUGACCAAAAGAGAUCAGUCACCUUCACCGAAUCUCAGGAAGCUUCUGGAAAGUCUCCUUCAUCUACACCAACAGCCAGCACAGCUCUGCUGGGGGCGACUGGAAGCGGAAGACCAAGCAAUUCCCUCACAACUGCUGCUCCUCCCUCUGAAACUUCAUCACCCUCCAUCAGAGCUGAGCAGCACAUCCCAGCACACCAACAGGCAUCACCUGUUGCUGAGAGUAAAGAAAAGCAAGACAAGGGUAGUACGAGAAGUAGCCUAUCUUCUACGCCAUCCUCCAGGCCAGCUUCCAGGUCAUGCUCUCCUCUCCCUUCCUCUUUCCCAACACUGAGCACUCCAGUUCGGCUGAACCCGGCUCAGAUCCGCGAGAGUCCGGAAGACGAGGAGACGUCAGGGCUUUUGGAAAACACAGACACCUCACUCCACAUGGCUGAGGAUCAAGGAACAGAGAACCCUCUCCUCACCUCUCUGCUCACACCUCAUCCUCAUUCUCUGUCCCCUCUGCCUCUCUCUCCUGUAGAUCUGGACCUGGAUGAAUCUCAUGUCUAAAUGCCAAAAACCUUUAAAGGCUUAAUCAAAAAGCAUCAGGGAAAGUUCAGUAGUGCACAGUUCAGCAUGUAGCUACUCAAAUGCCACCAAACACCAUGACACGUGAGGGAACAGGCCAAUGGUUAUGUUACGUUACGUAUGAAAUUUAAACAGGUUGCCAGAUGGGUACUGUUGAUUAAUUGUGCAUCAGUAACCUUUAUCUGCUUCAAAACUGCACUUUGACAUAAAAAAAAAGUCUAAUUUUAUGGUAAAAACUUAUAUCUGUGUAGUAUGUAGAUUACUAAAGUAAACUAAAUUUAUUUAAAAUGUUAGUUGCUCUAGAGAACUGUGGUGUAUUCAAAAACGAAAUUAUAUACCAAGGGAUCAAAAUUCAUGAGACUCUGUAUAAGCAGCUAAUACUACUAAAUAAUAUCAACAGUUUCAAUUAAUUAAUGUUCACCAAUGAAAACAAUUGGUUUGUUUUCUUUUGUAGUGCUGUAUCACGUUAGCAUUUUGGACUUUGCUGGGUAUUAAUAUGACUGGAACUAAAAUUAGUUAAAAGUUAAAUGUGUUUCUGCAGUGCCCCUGUGCUUAAGUAUGUACCCCAUAGAUCUGACAUAAAUGUGGUUACUCCGCACAUAAAUGAAACAAACAUGCUGUAAAUACACAGGCCUUAGAUGAGUUUAGAUAUUCACAAAGCAGUGUGAGGCAACAUCAAAUAUCUUAUCUGUAACAGAAAAUCAUUAAACAGGUAGGGUUCUGUUUUGGGUGUGUUCCACUAAGGGAGUUUGACUAUUAACCUCAAAAACUGAGAGUAAGUCUAGCAUCUGGUGAUUUGCGCUAUGAUGCUAACAUGCUUGGUAUUCUGACAGUUAAUAGGUAGCAUGCCUUGUUAGGAGGAUUUAACAGAUACUGAUGACUACAACAGCUGAUAAUCAGAUGAAAAAGCCCUCCAUGCUAUAAGAAAAUGUACUUUUGUAUAAGGAAUUGUCGUAUCUAACCAUUGCUUAUUGUACAAGAUUGAAUAUAAGCAAUGGUUAUAUAUACUUUUAAUGUCUGAAAAUGAUUCUUUAUUCAUUAUAUUAGUUUAUAUACAGUCCCUCUCUGAAUGUAUAUAAAGACAAGGCCAAAUCUUUUUUUUUGCUAUAAUCUGAAGCCAUUUGGGUUAUAGAUUAAAAAACAAAACAGAUCAGUUUUCAUUUCCUGAUAUUUUAAUAUAGAAGUUAAACAACUUAAAACAUGGCACCUUUGGUGGUAAAUAUCAUCUGGUUGUAUAGCAUUCAGUUGUAAUAACUGCAUCAAUUCGGCAAACCAGUGAUCUCACCAAACUGUUGCAUUCUUCAUUUGUGCGGCUUUUCCAGGGUUGUACCACAGCUUAUUUCAGUGGUUGUUUGUUUUGGGGGUUUCUCCAUUCAGUUUCCUCUUCAGGAGGUGAAAUACUGCAUAAUUAAGAUGUGUUGAUUGACUUGGUCAGACUAAAUAUUUCUUUUUCUUUUGUGUUGGCAGUGUGUUUUAGUCAUCGUCUUGCUGCAUGAAGCAUUUCUCUAUAAUCUUGCAAAAGUUUCUGUAGACUUCUGAAUUCAUUCUGCUGCUAACAUCAUGAGUAAGAUCAUUAAUAAUGAUUAGUGAUCCUGCUCCAGAAAGCAUACCUGAUGCAAGCACUUAGACACUACCACCACCAUGCUUUACCAAUGAGCUGUGUGUUUUAAAUCAUGAACAGAUCCUUUCUUUCCAUCUCUCUGGUAGAAGUUUAGUUAAUCAGUAUUUCUUUGUGAAUUCCAGGCUGCCUUCUGAAUCUGAUGAGUGCUUUGCAUAUUGUGGUAUGGCCUCUAUAAUUCUGCCAUGUGGAGGUUUUUUUCUUCAUCUCCUGUUUUUUCCCAUUGGUUGGCCAGUUCACAGUGGAUAUAAAAUGUCUACACAUCCUUGUUAAAGUUCCAGGUUUCUGUGAUAUAAAAAAAGAGACCAAGAUAAAUAAUUACAGAAUUUCUCCGCCAUAAUUGCGACUUAAAACCUGUACAACUCAAUUGAAAAACAAACUAAAAUCUAUUAGGUGGGGGAAGUACAAAUAAAAAACUAAUGUUUGCUAAAAAAUUCACACCCUUAAACUACUACUUUGUUUUAGCACCUUUUGAUUUUAUUACAGCAUUCAGUCUUUUUGGGUAUGAGUCUAUCAGCAUGGCAUAUCUUGACUUGGCAAUAUUUGCCCACUCUUCUUUGCAGAAACACUCCAAAUCUGUCAGAUUGCGAGGGCAUCUUUCUUUAGCUCAUCCCACAGAUUUUCAUUCAGAUUCAGGUCUGAGCUCUGUCUAGACCAUUUCUGAACGUUUAAGCAUCUUCUGGAGAAGCCAUUCUUUUGUUCAUUUGUAUGUAUGCUUUGGGUUGUUGUGAUGCUGAAAGAUCAUUAAAGUUCCUCGUCAUCAUCAGCUUUCUAGCAGAAGCCUGAAGGUUUUGUGCCAACAUUGACUGCUAUUUGGACCUGUUCAUAAUGUAAUUCCCUCCACCUUGACUAAGGCCCCAGUUCCAGCUGAAGAAAAACAGCUUGCUUCACUGUGGGUAUGGUGAUCUUUGGUGGAAUUACUGUAUGGCCAAAAAGUUCAACCUUAGUUUCGUCAAAUCAUAAGAAGUUUUUGCAAAAUUUAGAUACCCAUCCUCAUAGCCCAGACAUAUUGAGAAUGCCAGAGCCAAUAUUGCCAGAAACUCCUGCAGCUCCUUAAAUGUUACUGUAGGCCCCCUGGCAGCCUCCCUGACCAGUUUUCUUCUCGUCUUUUCAUCAAUUUUGGAGGGACGUCCAGUUCUUGCAAAUGUCACUGUUGCACCAUAUUUUCUUCACUUGAUGACUGUCUUCACUGUGUUCCAUGGUAUAUCUAAUGCCAUAGGAAUUUUUUUGUACCCUUCUCCUGACUGAUACCUUUUAACAAUGAGAUCCCUCUGAUGCUUUGGAAGCUCUCUGUGGACCAUGGCUUUUGCUGUAAGAUGUGACUAAGGAAAGUCAGAAAAAGCCUACUAGAAGAGGUGAAUUUUAUUUGGGGUUAAUCAGAGGCACUUUAAAUGAUUUCAGGUGUGUACUGACUCCUAUUUAACAUGGAUUUGUAUGUGAUUGCUUAAUUCUAAACACAGCCACAUCCCCAGUUAUAGGGGGUGUGCACACUUUAUUUAUGCAACCACAUUUAGUUUUUUGCUUUUUUUUUUACUCUCCCCCUUAGAGAUUUCAAUUUGUUUGAAAUUACAAGUUAGUCUACAAUUGAGUUUGCAAGUUAUAGGUUACAUUUAAGGUGGAAAAAGUUAUUUCUUUGUCUCUUUUUUUUUUACAUUCCAGAAAUCUGGCAUUUUAACAGGGGUGUGUAGACUUAAUGUAUCCGCUGUAUGUCCGGUUGUAAGUACACCAGUGGUUUCUUCUUUUCAAGGACAUUCCAAAUUGUUUAUACAUUGCUUAUGUAAUGUCUCUGAUAAAUCUUCCCACUUUUCAAAAUGGCUUGCUUUUCUUGCUAGACAGCUCUCUGGUCCUCAUGUUGGUUUAUCCAAUAUAACAACAAAUUCAGGCAACAGCAAAAGUUUUGUUCACUUGAAAGUGGGUGGAUUCAAACAAAAGGUGCCACAUUCUAAGCUGUUUAUCAUGUCUAGAUGUGAAUAUCAGGAAAUGAAAACUGAAAUUCUGAUCCAUCAUCUCUUGAUCUCAAAGCUGGUGUAUAGCAAAACCAAAGGAACUGGUCUUGCUAUUCUAAUACUGUCAAAGAGGACUGUAUGUACAGCAUUUAGGCCAACUAUUGUUUAAAAUCUGCUUUAUAAAUGCAAUUUUUGUACUUUAAAUUAUUCAGAUUUUUAAAUUAACUUUUUAUUUAUUUAUAUUUAUCACAUGCAUUAGACUAAAGAUAAAGCUAAAUUAAGAGUCCCAAUGUCUACAGUACCAAUUUCCUUUCUGAAACUGGAUCCUGUAAUGUAAAUGUAAAACAAUGGACACAGGAUAUCUAAUGCUAACCUUCAACAAUUUGGUUAAAAAUAAUAAUGUAUUGUCCGUUACUGUUGAGGAACGAUGCUUGGAUUUCACCCUGGUAGAAGCUAAUAUUCCGGAGAUAUGAAAUCAUCUCCCAUUCAGUUCAACUAGCAACAGAUUAAACGUUUAUUUACCAAUACUUUAUAUAGGCCCUCAUGUUCUGACGUGGCUCUCUGAUAGCAUGUUGAGAAUUUAAAGUUAACCCAUUGCUCUGUGACCGUGGCUGUUUCUUUGCUUUAGUGAGAUGAUGAUGAUGUGGUGGUGGUCUCCCAUGCAGUUUAGGAGUUUUGGCUUUCUUGAUGUUUUGCCUCAAAGUGAAACUAACAUAAGGUUAUGUCUAAAGUAGCAAUUAAGGAAGAGUUGUGUCUAUCAGUAAAAAAAAAUCAUAUGUGGCUUAUUUAAAAGUAUUAUAUUUAGACACAAAUCUACUAACAAACUACAGAACAUGAUUUACAUAAACAGACUACAGUGUUUUAUAUUAUCAUCUCACACACCCAAAGUAAAUCCUUUAUCAAAAUGGCAUGAACUGAAUUUUCAGGUUUUCAUAUGUUAAACCCGCUUCCUGGAAUCCACAUUGGUGUCCCUCCAUUACACUAUUAGAUGUAAUAUUUAAACUAUUUCCAUGUGCACAUUCUACUAUGUGAUGUAGAUUAAAUUUAGUUCUUGAAAACUAUUUGCAUUACACUAAAUAUAUAUUUAUGGCUAGUAAAUUAAAUAUUUGCAAUAAUACUAAUCAGAUGAUAUUUUCAAUCACGAGUAGUUUUCCAGAAUGCAUAUACACAUUAAAAAACCCUGAACAGAUAGAAUGUUUAACCCCAAGACCACAAUAAACAUCUAUCCAAGCUUACACAAGGAUUAGUAUUGCUUAAGAAUCAUAAGCUGUGUCAGGUUUUUAUAAUAAAGACAUGGAAUUUAUUUCACAUUUUGUUUAGUGACAGAAACUGGUCUACCAGCAAGUUGUGUACAAGCCCAGAAAAGAUAGAUUGUGAUGUAGAUAUACAAUAUAUAAUCAGACAGUUAUAUAAUCAGACAAUGCAACACACUGCAGUAGCUUAAGCUAACAAGGUGCCUGUGGAGACAGAGAGUCACUGUAUGUCAUUGUUUGUGUGUGCAAAUACAAUGUUUUGUGUGUCCACUGUUUUCUUCCUGUUAGUAACCUUGCUGCUAACUGUUGAGCUUGUGCAAUAACAAAAUAUAUAUAAUCCAACCUU